AACGUUGGUGCUCGUGUUUCCUUUACGACAUAUCCGUAAACUCACUGGAAAAAGUUCUUUACGUUCCGUAGCCAUUUACGGUGUACACAUACUAAAUAAAACCAGCAUAAUGGAAAACGACAAUGGAGAUGUUGUUGACUUGUAUAUUCCAAGAAAAUGCUCUUCGAGUAAUCGUAUUAUCCAUGCUAAGGAUCAUGCUUCCAUCCAAUUGAGCAUUGCCGAUGUUGAUCCUGAAACCGGACGUAUGACAGACUCGCAGAAAAUGUAUGCAAUCUGUGGAGCUAUUAGGCGUAUGGGUGAAUCCGAUGAUUGCUUAGUACGUCUUGCGAAAAAUGAUGGCAUUUUACCUAAGAACUUUUAAUGUAACUCCAUUAUUUUACACUUUCAAUAAAAUUAGAAAAACGUAAACAACGCGAGUAAAAUAUAACUAUCAUUCUGACCAUUCGCGUUCGGUUGUAACAGUCUUAGCGUAUAUACUAUUUACCGUAGGAUUUGUACACGUACGAAGCAACGACUUUUUAUAUACAUCUAUUGUUAAUAAAAGAAAUUCUUUAAAUA